UGGCGGGCGUCUGAUGCCCUGCUUCUCGCCGCGCAGCGAUGCCAAGCCCGCAGCUCUUGGUGCUGUUCGGAAGCCAGACAGGCACGGCCCAGGAUGUGGCGGAGAGGCUGGGCCGUGAGGCCCUGCGCCGGCGGCUGGGUUGCCACGUGCAGGCUCUGGACUCCUACGCGGUGGCGAAUCUGAUUAGGGAGCCCCUGGUGAUAUUUGUUUGUGCGACUACAGGCCAAGGAGACCCCCCUGACAACAUGAAGAAUUUCUGGAGGUUCAUAUUCCGGAAGAACCUGCCAUCCAACUCCCUCUGUCAGAUGGAUUUUGCUGUCCUGGGCCUUGGGGACUCUUCAUACACCAAGUUCAACUUUGUGGCCAAGAAGCUGCACCGCCGUCUGAUGCAGCUAGGGGGCAGCGCCCUUCUGCCUGCUUGCUUAGGUGAUGAGCAGCAUGAGCUGGGGCCUGAUGCCGCUAUUGAUCCCUGGAUGGGAGACCUGUGGGAAAAGGUGCUGGAGCUAUACCCAGUGCCCCAUGAUCUUGCUAUGAUCCCCCCUGGAGUCCCCUUGCCCUCCAGGUUUACCUUCCAGUUCCUCCAGGAUGUCUCCAGCACAGUCUCUGAGGAACCACGUGUAGCUAGUUUGGACCCUCCGGGACCCCCAUCAGAGUUUCUGCCCUUCCUGGCACCCAUGGUUGCUAACCAGAGGGUCACUGGCCCCUCACACUUCCAGGAUGUUCGACUGAUUGACUUUGACAUCACAGGCUCCAGCAUCAGCUUUUCUGCUGGUGAUGUGGUGCUAAUUCAGCCCUCAAACUCUGCCAUCCACGUUCAACAGUUCUGCCAGGUGCUGGGCCUGGACCCCAACCAGUGGUUUGUUUUGCAGGCACGGGAGCCAGGUGUCCCCUGCCCUCCAGGGCUGCCCCAGCCCUGCUCUGUGCAUCACCUAGUGUCCCAGCACCUGGAUAUUGCUAGCGUGCCUCGCCGUUCCUUCUUUGAGCUUCUAGCCUGUCUCUCCCCACAUGGGAUGGAGCGGGAGAAGCUGCAGGAGCUCAGCUCUGCCCAAGGCCAGGAGGAGUUCUGCGAGUACUGUACCCGGCCACGUAGGACCAUCCUGGAGGUGCUAUGUGACUUUCCUCACACGGCGGGUGCUAUUCCCCCGGACUACCUGUUGGAUCUCAUCCCACGGAUCCGGCCACGGGCCUUCUCCAUUGCCUCCUCCCUGCUGGUGAGGGGCCUGGUGACUAGCCGUGGGGAAACUGGGACUUGGCAGGAUGUUUGCAGGCAGGAACUGCUAUCUGAGCAGGGACAGUCUCUCCAUCUGAGGCUGUUCCUGAGUGGGGUGGGUGACAGACAGGAGUGGCCUAGCAAGGCAGGGCACCCACUGUUCCCCCAGGUUCAUCCUGCAAGGCUGCAGAUCCUCGUGGCUGUGGUGCAGUACCAGACCCGCCUCAAAGAGCCCCGCAGGGGCCUCUGCUCCUCCUGGUUGGCAUCUCUGGACCCUGCACAAGGACCUGUCCAGGUACCCAUGUGGGUGCGGCCUGGGGGCCUGACCUUCCCAGGGACACCAGAUACACCUGUGAUCAUGGUGGGGCCUGGCACUGGCGUGGCCCCCUUCCGAGCAGCUGUCCAGGAGCGCGUGGCCCAGGGCCAGACUGGAAACUUCUUGUUCUUUGGCUGUCGCCAGCGAGACCAAGACUUCUACUGGGAAGCUGAGUGGAAGGAGCUGGAGAAGAGGGGCUGCCUAACCCUUGUCACAGCUUUCUCCCGGGAGCAGAAGCAAAAGGUGUAUGUGCAACACCGGCUCCGGGAGCAGGGUCCGCUCAUCUGGGAGCUGCUGGAUCAUGACGGCGCCUACUUCUACCUAGCAGGCAACGCUAAGUAUAUUCCGUCGGACGUCAUGGAAGCCCUGACAGCCAUCUUCCGAAAGGAUGGUGGACUCUCUGAACCCGAUGCUGCUGCCUACCUUGCCAGGCUCCAGCGAACACUCCGCUUCCAGACUGAGACUUGGGCCUGAGAAGCUACCUCCCAGCCUACACCCACCCUGAUGGCUGCCCUGGGUUCCUCAGGGUCCAGAGGAAGAUGUCUAGCAGGGAGCCAUCAUCACCUUCUGGCCCUGUCUGAUGACAGAGCCCUAGUAAGACCUGUUAAAGUCCCAGGGUGUGGUUUCCAGGCCCCUGUGGCAGACGAGGACAUUCCCUACACACAGCCACACUCCAGUAGGUCCCAUACUUUUAGCCCUGACCUCACUGUAGCCUGAACCCCUGGCUGCUCCUCAGUCCACCUUGCCCUGCCCCAUAUCUGUGCAUGUGCCCACCCCACUUCCGGAUUAGGGUGGUGUGCUGGCCCAGCCCACACCACCCUGUACUGGUAGAGUGCUGCAGGAGUCACCCCAUUCUGAUGGGUGUUGGGUCUGCUGAGCCCUCCAAGGGGCCUAGGUCCUUUAAGGGCCACACUGCCCCCUCUGCUCUGGGGGCUCCCUGGCUACUCCUGCAGGGACCAGACUGUUCCCACAUAGCACCCACAGAACCCACAGUCCAGUGGGAAGCCUCCAGGACCCUGGCUUCCUGAGCAUUGGGAAGAAGUGGGGCUAGCCCCUCCUUUUGGUCCCCAAAGCUUGGCAGUAAACAUGGUCUCUGGGUGCUGCUCCCACAUCUACUUUUUUCACUCAGUUUGUCCUGGUGCUAUAGUGAUGGGUGGGCCAAGGCUCAUGUAUAUGUCUGGAAUGGCGAUGACCUUCCCAUGGUGUUUGUACACCUGUGGUCACCUGUGUGUGCACAUGUGUGCUGUUGUGAGCAACCUUUGCUUGACUCUCACUGCACUUGAGUAUCUAAUUCUAAUGUGUGAGGACCUGCUAUUGCCCUCUUGUACGUAGGGUCUUGGAGGCAACUCUUUCUCUGUCAGGCAGUGGGCAGCCAGGAGAAGUGCUGGCCAGGUCUGGGCAGGCCAUCCUUUUCCGGUUCUGAGAGGGUGUGAGGAGGGGUGGGGGUGGGGUGGUAUGCAUGGUCCCGCCCCUGGGCAGGGCCUCUGACUCUGAGAGCGGAAACCCUGUUGGAGGAGUUGGGCAGGUCAGCGGGCAGCUGGGAGCUGAGGAGUAUCUGGUCAGUCAGGCAGUUGCUGACACACGGGGAAUUGGGCCUUGCCACAACCAGGCUCAGAGCAGAUCUGGCUGGGAACAGCACUGCGUGGGUCCAAGAGACACCGGAGCUGGCACGCCACCAGGGUCCAAGUGAAGUUUACUCCCAGUGGGUCCAGGGAAUCCAGAGCUGCAGCUGGAGGUCAGUGCUCCAGUGAGUGGUCAGUGGAGUCCAGAACCUACCUGGCCCUAGGGCCACACUGACCUUCACACCCCUAAUCAUCGCCACCCUGGAAUCCCCAUCCACCCAUCCUGACUUCUGCCCUGGGGGGCCCACCCU